CUCAAUUUGUAUUUAUAUAUAGAACAGGGCAGCAGCCGGUUUAAUUUUCUUACACAGCGUGCUUGAUUUUCCCGCUAACCGUCUGUGCCUGUAUCUGUGUGUAUUCGAGAGCGAUCGAGAAGUUUCUGGGGGUCCAAAUUAAGGUCAGAAGGCACAAAACCGAACUGAAUAAAAAUUGUGUAACCAUGACGAACACCAUCAAUACCGAGGAAGUGUCCGACGCGGCGUCCUACAAAGAUAAAGGCAACGAGGCGUUCAAAGCCUCCCGCUGGGAGGAGGCCGUGCAGCACUAUGGCAAUGCCAUUAAGUCCGGUUCUAAGCACAAGGAGCUGCCGGUUUUCUAUAAAAAUCGUGCUGCUGCCUAUCUGAAGCUAGAAAAAUAUGAAAACGCCGUAGACGACUGCACUGAAUCUCUAAAAGCGGCUCCGGGCGAUCCAAAGGCUCUGUUCCGUAGGGCUCAGGCGUAUGAGGCUCUGGAAAAGUUCGAGGAGGCCUACAGAGACGCCACCGCUUUGUUUAAAGCAGAUCCCGGGAACAAAACCGUGCAGCCAAUGCUCCAGAGGCUGCAUGUCGUCGUCGAAGAGCGUUCAGCACUCAAUGCCAAGACUUCCACGAAAGUCCAGCAGAUGAUGGAUCUUACUUUUAAUUUGGGCACGCCCAUCGAUAAGCGACGAGCCGCAGCCAAUAACCUUGUAGUUUUGGCCAAAGAGCAAGUUGGCGCAGAACUACUCUACAAGGAACACUGCAUCGCCAAAGUGGCCUCUCUAACCAAGGUGGAAAAGGAUCAGGACAUUUAUGUGAAUAUGGUGCGUUUAGUGGCUGCGCUUUGCGAAAAUAGCGUGGAGCGUACAAAAGGCGUUUUAACAGAACUGGGAGUACCGUGGUUCAUGAGGGUUCUCGACCAGAAACACGAGGACUAUGUGUCUACCGCCCAGUUUUGCUUACAAACAAUAUUAAACGCAUUGUCUGGGCUUAAGAACAAAACCGAUUCGAAGCCGGAUAAGGAGCUGUGCUCUAAAAACAACCGGGAAAUUGACACACUCCUUACAUGCCUAGUUUAUAGUAUCACGGAUCGCACGAUUUCUGGAGCAGCUAGGGAUGCCGUUAUUGAGCUUAUAACCAGGAAUGUCCACUACACGGCAUUGGAAUGGGCUGAACGCCUGGUAGAGAUCAGGGGUCUGUGCCGUCUGCUGGAUGUGUGCUCUGAACUGGAGGAUUAUAAGUACGAGAGUGCAAUGAAUAUCACCGGCUCAUCAUCCACAAUUGCUUCCGUUUGUCUGGCCCGCAUAUAUGAGAACAUGUACUACGAUGAAGCUAAGGCAAGGUUCACGGACCAGAUCGACGAAUACAUUAAGGACAAACUUUUAGCGCCUGAUAUGGAAUCCAAGGUGCGGGUUACUGUUGCGAUUACUGCCCUGCUCAACGGUCCAUUAGAUGUGGGCAAUCAGGUCGUAGCCAGAGAUGGAAUAUUGCAGAUGAUUUUAGCAAUGGCUACGACCGACGAUGAGUUACAGCAGCGAGUAGCCUGUGAGUGCCUUAUCGCCGCUUCCUCUAAAAAGGACAAGGCCAAGGCACUGUGCGAGCAGGGAGUGGACAUCUUAAAGCGGCUCUACCACUCCAAGAACGAUGGUAUUCGAGUACGCGCCCUGGUAGGUCUUUGCAAGCUGGGUAGCUAUGGCGGUCAGGAUGCGGCCAUUCGACCAUUUGGGGAUGGAGCUGCUCUGAAACUGGCGGAGGCAUGUCGUCGGUUUCUGAUAAAACCCGGAAAGGAUAGGGAUAUCCGUCGUUGGGCUGCCGAUGGUCUGGCUUAUUUAACACUGGAUGCUGAAUGUAAGGAGAAGCUCAUUGAGGAUACGGCUUCCAUUCACGCUCUAAUGGAUUUGGCCCGCGCUGGAAACCAGUCCUGCCUUUAUGGUGUGGUCACCACUUUUGUAAAUCUGUGCAAUGCGUAUGAGAAGCAGGAGAUGUUGCCGGAGAUGAUAGAACUUGCUAAGUUUGCUAAGCAACACAUACCGGAGGAGCACGAGCUGGAUGACGUAGAUUUCAUCAAUAAGCGUAUUACAGUGCUGGCAAAUGAGGGCAUUACAACUGCUCUUUGUGCAUUGGCCAAAACGGAAAGCCACAAUUCGCAGGAGCUGAUUGCAAGGGUCUUGAAUGCGGUUUGUGGACUGAAAGAGUUACGAGGAAAAGUGGUCCAAGAAGGCGGCGUUAAGGCGCUGCUUCGUAUGGCGCUUGAGGGCACUGAGAAAGGAAAACGCCAUGCUACCCAGGCGUUGGCUAGGAUUGGCAUAACCAUUAAUCCGGAAGUAUCUUUUAGUGGUCAGCGGUCGCUUGAUGUAAUCCGUCCUUUGUUGAACCUUUUGGAACAGGACUGCACAGCGCUUGAGAACUUUGAGUCGCUAAUGGCACUCACCAAUCUAGCCAGCAUGAACGAGAGCGUGCGCCAAAGGAUAAUUAAGGAGCAGGGGGUCUCCAAGAUAGAGUAUUAUCUGAUGGAGGACCAUCUUUACCUCACCCGUGCAGCUGCCCAAUGUCUGUGUAAUCUGGUUAUGAGUGAGGAUGUCAUUAAAAUGUUCGAGGGCAAUAACGACCGAGUGAAGUUCUUGGCACUGCUCUGCGAGGAUGAGGACGAGGAGACCGCUACGGCUUGUGCCGGAGCUCUGGCCAUCAUUACUUCAGUGUCCGUCAAAUGCUGCGAGAAGAUCUUGGCCAUCACCAGCUGGCUGGACAUUCUGCACACUCUGAUCGCAAAUCCCAGUCCGGCAGUCCAGCAUCGUGGCAUUGUGGUUAUUCUAAACAUGAUCAAUGCUGGCGAGGAGAUCGCCAAAAAGCUGUUUGACACCGACAUUAUGGAACUGCUGAGCGGUUUGGGUCAGUUGCCAGAUGACACGCGUGCCAAAGCCCGAGAGGUGGCCAUCCAGUGCCUAGCGGCGGCGGAGCGAUACAGGAUCAUCGAGCGGUCUGACGAUGCAGAGAUCCCCGAUGUGUUUGCCGAAAACGCUAAAAUAUCAGAGAUUAUCGAAGAUUAAGCGAAAUUCGUUUGUAGUCUGUCCUUUAGUGACUUUUGUUCCUCCACCAUUUAUUUUCUUUAAUGUACUCACAGCGUUAUCGCAAAACUUAACUUAUUUUUUUAAAAUAUCAAAUGUACUUAAAGGUUUUAUUAAUAUUGAUCGAAUUUAUUUCACACAGUUCGUUUUAA